AUGUCUGUCCUGGACUUCGAGGGCAGUAAUUGUCUUCGACAGCGACUGGUGCUGUCGAUCCUGUCCGGCAAAGCCAUCCGUAUCACAAACAUUAGGUCCAAAGACAUGGACAGUGGACUGAAUCCGUCGGAAAUGAAUUUAUUAAAACUGGUGGAGAAGGUGACCAACGGGUCAGACAUAUACGUGGAUCAGAUGGGGACCAGACUUCAGUUCAAACCCGNCAUCCGUAUCACAAACAUUAGGUCCAAAGACAUGGACAGUGGACUGAAUCCGUCGGAAAUGAAUUUAUUAAAACUGGUGGAGAAGGUGACCAACGGGUCAGACAUAUACGUGGAUCAGAUGGGGACCAGACUUCAGUUCAAACCCGGCCUCCCAUACGGCGGUCAGAUAGAGCACGACUGCGGUCUUCACCGAAGUAUCGUCUACUCACUGGAACUGCUGGUGAUGUUGAGUCCCUUCUGCAAACACCCGGUCGACGCACGACUCACCGGAAUCACCAACGAUAGGGUCGACCCCUCGGUGGACGCCAUCAAACACUCGGCGUUGGCGGCGAUGAAACCCUUCUUCGGGUUCGUCGAUCCCGAAGACCUGGAGAUCAAUGUCGUGAACAGAGGUCUGCCGCCCGAUGGCGGCGGAUGUGUUACCUUCAAGUGUCCCAUUCGGCGACUCCUGCGACCGAUUCAGUGCCUGAGCGCCGGCAAAGUGAAGCGAAUCCGUGGCGUAGCCUUUGCCACAAGAGUGUCGCCACAGAUAGCGAACCGAAUGGUGACCGAAGCGAAGGGUAUUCUUCUGAAAUACAUCCCCGAUAUCUACAUCUAUACGGAUCACCUGAAAGGCGCCAAAAGUGGCAAAUCCCGGGGGUUUGGUCUGUGUUUGUGGGCCGAGACCACUACCGGUGUCUUCUAUACGGGCGACGCUGUGUCCCAUCCGUCCGGUUCGGGCAAAGAGACGGAAGCCGUGGCCGAGGAUAUCGCCAAAGAAGCGGCGCAUUCGCUGCUGAACGACAUCUUCAGAGGCGGUGCUGUCGAUACGCUGUCACAGGGAUUGUGUGUCCUCUUCAUGGCCUUCGGGCAGAGGGACCUCUCGAAGGCAGAGUUGGGUCCUCUCACGCCAUACGCCAUACAAAUGCUGAGACACAUCAAGACAUUCGUGGACUUGACGUUCAAAUUGGAGUCCAAACAGAGCGGUGGUGACAGUGAGGACAUUGAGGACCAGUUGAGAAUGGGCUCCAAGAAAGUGUUGGCCACUUGUGUGGGCAUCGGUUACUCUAAUUUGAAUAAAACUUUGAGAAUGGGCUCCAAGAAAGUGUUGGCCACUUGUGUGGGCAUCGGUUACUCUAAUUUGAAUAAAACUUCCUGGAGUCGUGAAGUUCCUAAAAUUGGCGUUUCGAAUGUGAUUAUCGGUGAGAUUGCCUUAGGGUUGGGUCCUCCCGGUGCCGUCUCAUUCAUUUUUAUCGCCCAUCCCCUCAUUAUUUUCACCAUAAAGUCUAGGUUUGCUUGCAAUAGGUCUAAGUCUUAUGCAAAGCAAAUACCCGUCAAAUCUGCCCAAAGAGUUACAGAACUCUGUCUUAUGAUCUCAUCCGAGACCUCGAGAUUGACGGCCUGUCCCCUCGCCAUCAGCGCUGUUGUGAAAUUGGGUCCAAAGUAUAGCUCGCCGUAA